GUAGUAGUCAAAGAUGGCCGCCGCUACUAUGGCGGGCCUCGACGCCCACAGGAUGGAGAAGAAGAAAUUCGAGUACUUUUCCUCCAUAAACUCCAUGGCAAACAAGAUAAUGCAGGAGCGGGAGAAAAUAAAAGCCGAGUACGGCCCUUCCUGGGAGAAAAUGACCCCUCAGGAGCAAGACACCGCCAUAGAUAACAGCAUGAUGGACCCUCAUAUCAGAGGCAGAUACGCUAUGCAUAAAGUGGACCGAGAGGAGGUGGUCUGUUACCCUAAACUGCUUCUCCAGACCGGUCAGAAGAUUGUCCACUUUGGUGAAGAGGAUAUCACUUGGCAGGAUGAGCACUCUGCCCCUUUCUCGUGGGAGACAAAGAGUCAGAUGGAGUUCAGUUUGAUGUCAGGUUCAGCAGAUCAGGUGACCUCUUCCUCACAGGCUGACUCCAAAAAUGCAAAAGUUCCUCAUUCCAAUCAGCUUGGAAAGAGUACAGCAGGAGCUAAGGUAUCUGCCAGUGAGGGGCGAAGGCCAGAGGAAGAGUCGUCCUUCUGGAAGAUCAGUGCUGAAAGGUCGAGGCUGGAAGGGGAAAAAGCUGACUUCCAGUCCCUGACCCCGAGUCAGAUCAAAUCGCUGGAAAAGGGAGAGAAACCCCUCCCUUCCUACCUCCGACAGGAGAGCUCCACCAUCUCAAAGGAGCCUGAAAUCGCUGAGUUCCACCCUCCAGCUCCUGCCAAGUCCAUCAAACAUCGGGCGCCCAAGCCUCCUGCCCCACAGCCCCCCGGCCCAGUGGCUGUCAGUGCAACACCUGCAUCCAUCUCCAUCGCACCCACACCAGCACCGCCCAUCAGUGACUCCUCUACAGUUGCAGUUUGGGAGAGAUCUCAGAGCACCCUGCCGUCUGUCAGCAACACCCCGGAUGAAAUCUUUUCCUCCAAUCCCAUAUCCAAGCCGUCUAAGUCCUCCACAGCUGCAGAGAAGGAGAAAGCGGAGGAAAGUUCUCCUCCUUUGGACAUGAGCCCCACCUUUGCCCAGUUUAACACAAGCAACAGCAUCCUGAAGACUGGAUUUGACUUCUUGGACAACUGGUAAAAAAAAAACAACCCAAACACAGACCAGUCGCAGCACUGAAUGAAGCAUCCUCAUCAUUAUUUUGGAAAUGGACCACACCGCCAUGACUACAGGCGUUCACUUCUAGAUUUAAGAGACAACCUCUUUAAUGUUCCUGUUAUCAUUCUGUGUAGCUUAAGAGAUUAUUUCACCACUUGUGUAUUUUUGGCUUUUUGACCUUUUUUCCAAAGCAGAAGAGCAUCUUUCCUUGUUUUCCUCUUGGUAUGUUACAAGUCUGGAUGCAUGAUCACUGAACUGCCUACAGACACUAUGUCCCAAAACACUAAAAGCAUGUCCUUCUUUACUACAAAAGCUUUAUAUUGCAUUUGGGGUAGGGCUGGAUGAUAUAGAAAAAAAGCAUAUCGAUUAAAAAAAAAAUGCAUGUUGAUCGAUAAUUACGUAAAAGAUAUAAAACCAUAUUUUAAGUGAGCUCUUACCAUUUAAUGGUAUUGCUAACUGCAUUUUGUUUAAAUAAAAAUAACUUAAUAGACCUGAGUUAUGUUACUAAAAAUGAACUCAGGUUCCUUUCUUUGUCUAUGUAUUGAAUUGAGAGGCUGAGGUAGGGCUCGGAUGUUACCCUCUUUUGUUCCAGUGUGCCACAUGUCUAUCGAUCGAUAUAUAUUGUUAUUAAAUUAUCAUCCAGCCCUACUUUGUUUUGUUUUUAAUUUGAUUUUGUCUUAAAUGCUUUUGUUUUAUAACUGUAUAUGUUUCUGAUGUGUUAACCUUGAAGUGUUAAAGCUGUUUUUAAGGCUGCAAUUCUGCACACAUUGUCUAAUAAGGAAUUCUGUUAUUUAAGGGAUUUUUAAGAAAUUGAAAAAAAAAAUGUUUAAAUGGUGAAAAUGAACCAUGAUUAGAUUUAGUUUUAAGUCCAAUAGAAUCUUUAUAUUUUUAAGGUAGCUGAAAAAAUUUAAAGAUUAGACAUCUCUUGCUCCAACACCACUACAUUGCAUCAUUCCAUCUACGCCUUUUGUUUUUUUAAAAGAGAUUAUGUGCAUUUAAACCUUUCCAUGUCAGUAAACCAACACUAGUACGGUGAUUUGUAGUGUUUAUGAUAGACUAAAUAUCUAGAGUACUAUUUUAACUAGUUUUAUAUUUAUCUGCUAAUUUUAUCCUCAGCUUUACGUGUACAGUGAGCUCACGUGAGUUAUGGAAUUGGAAU